AUGUUUACAAGUCCGGUACUGUAUACCUGUAACCCGUAUAUCGAUAAAAACCCUCCAGAUCAUACUUAUACUCCAAAAGAAUGGAAUAACUUUGGACACAUCUCGCUACAAACUGCAGGAAAUACUGAAGAAAUAACCAAAGGGUUACUAUCGUGCUUAGAGAAACAGAAUACAUCUCUUGAAAAUUUGGUUGUCCUUGGUUGUGAUGGAACUAAUAUUAAUACUGAAUGGAAAGGCGGUAUCAUUCAAAAAAUAGAAGUGCAUAUUGGCAAACCGGUUCAUUGGAAAAACUUACCUCUGGAGAGUCCAGAACCUUUGGAUGAGUAG